UAGGAGGCGGUGCGGCGCAAACAGUGGGCCGCUGCCUCCGCCGCUGCCUCAGGGGGCCAGUCACGCAGAGCCCGGGGCGGGCCGCCCCGAGGAGCCUGGCGCUCGCGGACAGGUGGGCUUCCCACCCGGAGGCCCUCGGGCUGCCCGCACGGCCCGGGAGACCCCGCCAGCGGCCUGUCCGCGGUUCGCCUCGGCGGCCGGGGAGGGAGGGAGGGCGGCGCGGACGGCCGUCCCGGUCCUCGCGGGCGGCAGCUGGCCCGGCGUCGGGCUCCCCAGUUUCUGGUACCGAAGCGCAGACGGGUUUCCUUGUCGGAGCCACGCACCGUUAAUGUAAGGCCGUAGAAUAGAAUAUCUCUCUAUGCCUGCCUCACCAGUGUAUUUUGGAACCACAUAACUUGUCUGAUGUCACAGGCUCACAGCUGGCAAGGAAUUUUGCCUUCAAGUGAAUCAUAUCUCAAGUCUCAACCAUACCUGAUGAUAUUCAGAGGUCAACCUGAAUCAACAUGUCUGGGACUGAAGAAGCAAUUCUUAGCGGCCGUGACAGCCAUCCUGCUGGUGGCAGCUCUGUAUUAUGCUUUGGUCAGUACCAAUACACAGCAGAAGAGUACCAGGCCAUCCAGAAUGCUCUGAGGCAGAGGCUGGGCCCAGAAUACAUAAGUAGCCGCAUGGCUGGAGGAGGCCAGAAGGUGUGUUACAUCGAGGGUCACAGGGUAAUUAAUCUGGCCAAUGAGAUGUUUGGCUACAAUGGCUGGGCACACUCUAUCACACAACAGAACGUGGAUUUUGUUGACUUUAACAAUGGCAAGUUCUCCGUGGGCGUCUGUGCGUUUGUGAGAGUCCAGCUGAAGGUGAGGGUGAUGGAGGGGACGUGCUGCCUGCAGGCACUGGGCAGGUGGGAGAGUGAGCAGGAUGGUUCGUAUCAUGAGGACGUGGGCUAUGGUGUUAGCGAGGGCCUCAGGUCCAAAGCCUUGUCUUUGGAGAAGGCGAGGAAGGAGGCAGUGACCGACGGGCUGAAGCGAGCACUGAGAAGUUUCGGGAAUGCACUUGGGAAUUGUAUUCUGGACAAAGACUAUCUGAGGUCACUAAACAAGCUUCCACACCAGCUGCCUCUUGAAGUGGACUUAACUAAAGCAAAGAGACAAGACUUUGAACCGUCUGUGGAACAAGCCAGAUAUAGCAGCUGCCGACAGAACCUGGCUCUGGGAGCCCCCAAACCACAGGAGGUGACGUCCCCUUGCAGACCAAGCCACCACGUUGUGAUGCCGGGGACGAGGACAGCAGCUCCGAGUGUGGGCCGCGUGCCCUCCCCGCCCCUGCUCCUUCCCAGAAGCUCGACCUCUGCUGCCGCAGAGAGCGAUGCCACGUACCAGCGGAAGCUCCGGCAAAGACAGCUGCAGCAGCGGUUCCGGGAGCAGAUGGAGAAACAGCAGCAGGAACCCCCGUCUGGCCCACCUGCCGAGAAGCAGGGUCCCGCAGCGCUGCCACCAGUGCCACCUGCCGGAACUGCUGCUUCAGAGCCGCUCACCCAGAUAGACAUGCUUCCAGACAGUCUUGAAAUGUGGGGCAUGGCUCUAGAUGCAGGGGACGAUGUGGUCAAGCCCUUGUCUAAACCAGAACCACCACAGGCCCCUGCCACCUCCGUCCUGAAGAACGAGAUGGAGACCUGGAACAGGACCCCACAGAGCCUUUGCCACCAGAAUCCACAGGCAAAAUCUGGACCCUGGCACCUUCAAACUUACCACCUUAACCAACACAUAACAGGAGACUGUGAUUCACAUAGGAAGAACCAGGACACGAAGAAAAGGAAAUUGGAUCCAUCUUGACCAAGGCUCAGGUCACCUCACUGGAUUCUGUCACAAAGGGACUUUCAAAAACUGCUUCUUGGUCAUGAAAUGACUCAUCAUUCCUAGGGAAUGAGCUUUACCUCCAGGGAUUUACCUUGCUUCAUGCUCAACUUCGCCAGAGGAUUUCACUAUUGGAACCUGACGCAGAUCAAGCUGGGCAGGUUGGGAAGCCCUGCGGAGAUUAAACAAACAAACAAACACCUUUUCUUUGGCUCUUCACUAUUUAUUCCUAAGCUUUUAUGUUAAUAAAGGUAGAAAUUCUAGGAAUCACAGUGGCCACCUUCCCCGUGCCCCAACCUUGACAGCGGCCUGCGGUAUCUCACUCUGUGUGACCUCUGACCCCUUUCGCUGCCACUCAUCUACAACAAUCUGUCAUUUAUAGGCUCAUUGUGAAACUACCUCCAUUUUUUCCUAAUAAGGAAAUAAAAUCUAAGACCAAAGAAAAGGCAUUUUAAGAAAGCAAAAUAAAAUCCUACUUUGUAACAAAGUAA